UUUUUAUUUUAUACCAGCGAUAUUAGGGAAGGGGAAGUGCAUGUAGGGAUGACAAGAAUCUCCUGCCCUAAUGAUGGUGAUAUUUUGGGGAAAAACCUGGAGUGAGUUCGGGAAUCCCCAAAUUUUAUAAAUCCUUGGUUGGAUACGGGUCAAAAUGGUACUGUUAUUCCCAUCUCCGAAUUCGACUUGAUAAGUGAUAUAUUUAAUUCUAAGUAAUAUGCAAAUAAUAUAAACUAUGUAUGGUUAUAAUAUAAAAUUGUAAUAUUUACUUAGUUUUGUUAAAUUAAAUUGGGAUGAUUAUGAGUAAUUGUAUUUAAUUUUAUAGGUCAAUUAAAUGUGAUUGAGAUUCGGAACGGAUUUGCCCGAAAUUUUUUAUCUAGUAUGGAAGCGGGAAGAAAUGAUAUUACGAUACCUGACUACGAACCGAUCCGUUACCAUUUGUUAGUGCAUGGAUAACUACUCUUUAUCCACUUAAGAAAACUACACUCCUUAAAUUGAAUGUUUCCACAUGUACUCCUUUAUUUUCCUGACGUGUACGGCCGAGAUCAUUCCCACACUCUAAUCACCAUCACCAGGAUAUACCGAAUCUCUAGGAUCGCCAAAAGGACCGAACAAAAAUUGAUCACAAAAUUCCGGAAAACAUAAAAAAUAUAAUAAAAUCGAAAAAAAAAAAAAAAAAAACCACAAUGAGCCGGCUGUUCUGUAAAUCGCUCCUCCUAACUCCCUCUCUCGUUUCCGCUCCGAUAAGAUUCUCAUUCAAGUCCAUUUCGUCACCGUCUUCCACUUCCAGGGUUCAUCGUAUGGCCACCGAGGCUUCGUCGUCACCGUCAUCCAAUGCAGACCGCGAAGCAACCUCUUCUUCUUCGUCUGCCCCCGCUUCCUCUGCCAUUGAUUUUCUCUCACUCUGUCACCGCCUUAAGACUACGAAACGAGCUGGAUGGGUGAAGAGAGAUGUAAAGGAUCCAGAGUCUAUAGCUGACCAUAUGUACCGAAUGGGAUUAAUGGCUCUGAUUGCUUCUGAUAUCCCCGGUGUCGAUCGAGACAAGUGCAUAAAAAUCGCCCUUGUUCAUGAUAUUGCUGAAGCCAUUGUUGGGGACAUAACGCCCUCCGAUGGGGUUCCGAAGGCUGAGAAGAGUCGAAGAGAGCAAGAGGCAUUAGACCACAUGUGCAAAUUACUUGGUGGAGGGAAAAUAGAAGAGAUAGGUGAAUUGUGGAUGGAGUAUGAGGGGAAUUCCUCGCCAGAAGCUAAAAUUGUUAAGGACCUUGACAAGGUUGAGAUGAUACUUCAAGCCUUGGAAUAUGAAAAGGAUCAAGGAAAGGAUUUAGAAGAGUUUUUUCAGUCAACUGCUGGGAAGUUUCAGACUGAUUUGGGCAAAUCAUGGGCUUCAGAGGUAGCAUCAAGAAGGAAAAAGCAAGGCUAAUUUAUACUAAAUUUUCUGCAGUUGCGCAAGAAGAAAGCUUUAAUUACUUUUCAAUCCGCUCUUGAUGUGUACAUCGUCAAUUCAUUUUGUUUAAUAAGAAGACGAAACAUUUUAAUGUAGCUUCUAGGAUUACCUUAAUUCUUAAGAUUCACUUGAAGUUCUUAAAUUCAGUUAACUCGUAAUAUUUUUUUAGAAAUUAUGAUGCUCAUGACAAAAUUACAAUUUUGGUCCUUGUAGUUUUGAUCAUUGUCUAACUCAGUUCCUGUA